AUGAGCUGCUCGCUCCAGAACUGGGUGUUGACAGCUUUCUGCUGCUUGCUGCUUUGUCAUUCAGGUUUUGUGAAGGCAGAUCCACAACCUGGUGAUUUGCGGAGGUGGGUUCCAAAUUCCAAUUGGCGCAAAAGUUGGGGUAUUUCAGAAAUCACAUAUCCCACCAGGCUGAUGAAACAUAAUUCUGGGGGAGAGAUCCAGAGGUAUCAGCUGGACACAAGAGUGAGAAAGGAGACUGGUGGCAGCAAAGGAGGCGACAGAAAAGGAGGAAGCCCUGUUAUCCAUCUGGCCCAAGUGAGUUUCCUCAUCCCUGCCUUUGGUUUAACCUUCACUUUGGACCUUGAACUGAACCACCAUCUGCUGUCCUUAAAUUAUGUGGAACGUCAUUUUGGACAUGAUGGAAAUGCCAGCCACACCAUGGGAACAAGUGAGCACUGUUACUAUCAAGGCAAUCUCCGUGGAGAAGCAAACUCUUUUGUGGCUUUAUCUACCUGCCAUGGCCUACACGGUGUUUUCUCUGAUGGAAAAGAUGCGUACCUCUUGAAGCCUCAUGAUUCACUUGAACAUCAAGCGGAGCCACUUCCUCACCAAAUCUACCAGACACCAGUACCUCGCAUGUCCCGUGGUUGCACAGAACCAGGGUGUUUAUUUUCUGCACUGAACUACCACAUUCCUCCUGGGCUUCCUAAAUUGCGUCGACGAAGACAGGUUCACCGAGGUCAUCGGACUGUCCACAGUGAGACCAAAUUCAUUGAAUUGAUAAUUGUUAAUGACCACCAACUGUUUGAGCAAAUGCGCCGCUCAGUCAGCCUUACCAGCAACUUUGCAAAGUCUGUAGUAAAUCUUGCUGAUGUGAUUUUUAAGGAGCAGUUGAACACUCGUAUUGUGUUGGUUGCCAUGGAGACAUGGGCAUCGGGGGAUAAGAUCCAGACUGAUGAAGAUUCCCUAGAGACAUUGAGAGAGUUUAUGAAAUAUCGCCAAGAGUCUCUUCCUGAACACAGUGAUGCUGCCCAUCUUUUCUCAGGGCACACUUUUAGAAGCAGCCGCAGUGGUACAGCUUAUGUUGGAGGGAUCUGCUCAGUUGCUAGAGGCGGAGGUGUGAAUGAGUAUGGUACCGUUGGAGCCAUGGCAGUAACAUUAGCCCAGACCUUGGGUCAAAACAUUGGUAUGAUGUGGAACAAGCACCGUGCUUCUGCAGGGGAUUGUCGCUGUCCUGACUUAUGGCUGGGUUGUAUUAUGGAAGAUACUGGAUACUACUUGCCACGGAAAUUUUCACGCUGCAGUGUUGAUGAAUUCAAUCAGUUUCUGGCUGAAGGAGGAGGAAGCUGUCUCUUUAACAAGCCUUUGAAGCUCCUUGACCCUCCUGAAUGUGGUAAUGGAUUUGUUGAAGCAGGAGAAGAAUGUGACUGUGGGUCCUUUGCGGAGUGUUCUAAAAGUGGAGGAAACUGCUGCAAGAAAUGUACCCUUACGCACGAUGCCAUGUGCAGUGAUGGGUUGUGUUGUCGAGAGUGCAAGUAUGAGCCACGGGGUGUAACUUGCCGAGAAGCUGUGAAUGAAUGUGAUAUCCCAGAAACUUGUACUGGGGACUCCAGUCAGUGUCCACCUAAUGUACACAAACAGGAUGGCUACUUUUGUGACAAUGAACAGGGCCGGUGUUAUGGAGGCCGUUGUAAAACCAGGGACCGCCAGUGCAAUGCAUUGUGGGGGCGAGCUUCAGCUGAAAGGUUUUGCUAUGAGAAGCUCAAUGUUGAAGGCACUGAGCGUGGAAACUGUGGGCAUGAGGGGAGCCGCUGGAUGCCCUGUGUCAAGCAGGAUGUAUUGUGUGGAUAUCUUCUCUGUGCCAAUGUGACAGGAUCUCCACGUAUUGGUGAAUUACUAGGCGAGAUCACAACAAUGACAUUCUAUCACCAGAAGAGAUAUAUUGAUUGCCGGGGUGGCCAUGUGCAACUAGUGGAUGGCACAGAUCUGAGCUACGUAGAAGAUGGGACACCCUGUGGACCCAACAUGUUGUGUCUUGAUCACAAAUGCCUUCCUGUCUCUGCCUUUAACUUCAGUAUCUGCCCAGGCAGCUGGGGUGGCCAGAUCUGCUUCGACCAUGGGGUUUGCAGCAAUGAGGGCCAGUGCAUCUGCUAUUCAGAUUGGACAGGAAAAGACUGCAGUGUCUAUGAUCCUAUCCCAGAGCCUAAGCCUACUGGGGAAACAGAAAAAUACAAGGGUCCCAGUGGUACCAACAUCAUUAUUGGCUCCAUUGCUGGAGCCAUCUUGGUGGCUGCUAUUGUUCUUGGUGGCACCGGAUGGGGAUUUAAGAACAUUCGCAGAGGAAGGUACGACCCAGCUCAGCAAAGCAUGUAA